AUGAAUCAGAAUGGUUGUGUUCCUGAUAGUUCAUUUUAUAGCACUUUGAUUGAAAAUUUAAGUAAAUCCGGGAGACUGAAGGAUGCUCGUGAACUAUUUGAGGAUAUGGCUAAGCAAGGAGUUGAUCCGGAUACAUUGACAUAUAACACAAUGAUUGCUGCUUCUGCACGGCACUCUGAAGAAUUGGAUGCCUUAAUGCUGCUUAAACAAAUGGAGGAGAGGCAAUGCAAGCCUGAUCUUCAAACUUAUGCGCCAUUGUUAAAGAUGUGCUGUAGAUUGAGAAGAAUGAAGGUGCUUUCCUUUCUGUUGAGGCACAUGUUUAAGAAUAAUAUCAGCUUUGAUCUGGGAACAUAUACACUUCUGGUGAGUGGGCUCUGUGCACAUGGGAACCUAAAUCGUGCUUGUUCAUUUUUUGAGGAAUCAGUGAAGAGAGGUUUUGUUCCUACAGAUGCCAUGUACACAAAGCUUGUGAAGGGACUUCAGGAGAAGGGUAUGGAGAAAGAAAAAGAAAGGAUUGAAGAACUGAUGCUACAGGCUAAAGUACAAGGAUCUAUUGAUUCUUCUAAGAGCUUUAUUCAGGUUCAGGAAUGA